AUGCGGUUCGCUUCAGUGGCGUAUGCGCUCGGGUCGGUAUGCGCAAUUACAGCCGCAGCAUCAACCCAAGGCCUUUACGACUUGAUCGAACGACGACUACCUGGACACGCUCAAGAUUUCGCGUUUGAUUUGAACGAGACGUUGCAACGCAACGAGACCUCACGUCAGAACGACCAUUACACCAUCACCGCGGCUUCUAAUGGUUCCAUCUCCAUCUCAGGUAAUAGCGUGAGCGCUCUCGCAACAGGCCUGCGGAGAUACCUCGUCGAUAUUGCCCACGUUGAUGUGUAUUGGUUCAUCGGGAGUCGACUUGAUCAGGCUUCGCCCACGCUGCCUCGACCGAAUAGUACUAUUACGGGAGCUAGCAUAGUGCCCUGGAGAUACUUCUUCAACACCGUGACUUUCUCGUACACGACACCAUUCUGGAGCUGGUCUGACUGGGAGACCGAACUGGAUUGGCUAGCCCUCCACGGAGUCAAUCUGCCCCUUGCCUGGGUCGGUUUCGAGAAGAUCCUGCUAGAUGCCUUCCAGGAGGUCAACCUGACCACGUCCCAAAUCUUGCCUUUCUUCUCCGGACCGGCGUUCCAAGCUUGGAAUCGUUUCGGCAACACCCAGGGCUCUUGGGGCGGAGACCUUCCACUACAGUGGAUCGACCAGCAAUUCGAGCUACAGCAAAGGAUCUUGUCACGAAUGUUGGAGCUUGGUAUGACUCCCAUUCUUCCAGCCUUCACCGGGUUCGUGCCAAGGGCGCUAGUAGACGUGCAUCCAAAUGCCACCGUCGUCAAUGGAAGUCAAUGGGAGGACUUCCCUUCUGAGUAUACUAACACUACUUUCCUUGAGCCCUCCGAUCCACUAUUCUCCGAGGUACAGAGGAUCGUUUUAAACAAGCAACUCGACUACUAUGGCAACAUAACCCUAUUUUACACCCUUGACCAAUACAACGAGAACGACCCCUUCUCCGGCGACCUCGACUACCUCCGCAACGUAACCCACGGCACCUGGCAAUCCCUCAAGUCCGCGAAUCCCGGCGCAGUGUGGGUAAUGCAAGGCUGGCUGUUCACUUCGAACGCGGAUUUCUGGACCAACGAGCGCAUCGAGGCUUAUCUUUCUGGCGUGGAGGAAGACCAGGAUAUGUUAGUGCUGGACCUGUUUUCGGAGAGCCAGCCUCAAUGGCAAAGAACAGACUCGUACUACGGCAAGCCGUGGAUCUGGAACCAGCUUCAUGACUACGGCGGCAACCAGGGGCUUUACGGGCAGAUCGAUAAUGUAACUAGCAAUCCCAUCGAGGCGCUCGCCAACUCCUCAUCCCUUGUGGGCUUUGGACUCACGCCUGAAGGCCAGGAAGGAAACGAAAUCAUGUAUUCCCUCCUUCUAGACCAAGCCUGGUCUUCCACGCCCAUCGACACGGCAAGUUAUUUUCAGACUUGGGUCCACACGCGGUACACCGGGCGUAAUAAUAGUAUUCCUGAGGGGCUAUAUACGGCAUGGGAACUCCUCCGCACAAGCGCAUACAACAACACAAACCUCACCUCCAACGCCGUGUCCAAAGCCAUCUUUGAACUCGCGCCGAAUAUCACGCACAUGACGAACCGCACAGGCCACCAUCCCACAACAAUAAACUACGACUCCAGCGUUGUAGUUGAUGCGUGGAAGGAGAUGUACAAUGCGGCGACCGUGGAGCCGGGGCUGUGGGACAACGCAGCCUACACGCACGACUUCGUGGAUGUAACGCGCCAGGUGUAUUCCGAUGCUUUUGCUUUCGCAUAUACGGCCCUCAUCGCGGCGUGGAACUCCAGCACGAACAGCUCGACUACCUUCCAGGCCCACGCGGAUAAGCUGAUCCUCCUCCUCCGCACGCUCGAUCCUCUCCUCUCCACCCUCCCACAGUUCAACCUCGCGUCCUGGGUCUCCUCCGCACGCUCUCUAGCCCCCAACUCCACCAACUCCUCAGUUAUAGCGGACUUCUACGAGUACAACGCCCGCAAUCAAAUCACCCUCUGGGGUCCCUCCGGCGAGAUCAACGAUUACGCUUCAAAGUCGUGGGGCGGACUCGUAGGAGAUUAUUAUUUGUCGAGGUGGCUCGUCUUUUUGGAGUAUAUUGGUAGUGUGACGCCGUCAGAUUACAAAGAUGAAGUUAUCAGAGAAAGGGUGAAAGGUGUGGAGGAUGGUUUUCAAGCUGCAGGUAGUGGGCUCGGAAUUCGGGAAAGCACGGGAGAUGUGAGAGGCGUGGUGGAGAGUGCGGUUGUGCCGGCGUUGAGGGAGGCUGGUGUGCUGUAG